UACUUCAGUGUUAGAUAUCAUUUAUGUCAGUAAACUGAAUUAAGUGUCUGACUUUUGGGCUGUUUUUGACGGAAAACAGUCUUUACUGAUUUGCGUUAUACAUGUAUUAUUAAUCGAUCAUAUUCAUCGGGAGGUAGUAUCGAUUAAGUCAAGUCUCGUGACACCGGUAUCGGCCAACGAGUACAUUUUCAUUUUCGUCUGCUCCUCAGCCAGCUCAACAUUUCUGGACCAAACUCGGACAAGUUACUUUAAGUUUGGACCUGUGCAGCGCAAGUAGAGAGCUAGCAGCAUCCUUUCAUAACUACAAUAAUAACACGGCAGUCCCUGGACCGAGACCCAGGCAGAUACCGUGGCAUUGUGGAGUGUGUCUGCUGUGUGUUGUGUGUGUGCCAACAGAGCAUCACAAAUUCUCUGUGGCUUGGCACUUGGCAGAGGUUCGGAGUGAAGUCACUUGCGCCUCUCACUGUAGUGAGGGGUUUCGUUGUGGGCUGUGUCUCUGUCCCUUGCACAUCGGUCAAAAAGUGCCGGCCACAGCCUUCUCUGCUGGAUUUCAAUCGUUUCGGAGAUCGGACAGUUUUGUGGUGACUUGAGACUUGAAUACUUCAGGUGUAUUUUCUUGCUAACCCGUGAACAUCGUUCGCACCGUUUGCAAACUAGGAGCAGAUUAAUCGUGGACAAUCGUCAUCUCCAAUGGCCAUGAAGAUACUGAUACUUCUCCUUGCAGCCACGGCUGCUGCAACGGAAGUAUAUGAUGGAUACGAUCGUCGAAGCAUCGUUCAAAUGACUAGCAUGGUUAUGUGUAUUGCAAACCUCAACACUUGGGAGGUCAUGUCCUAUACCAACUACGGGUGUUUCUGCGGCAAGGGAGGAAUCGGCAACACCCCUGUGGAUGAGACAGACAGAUGCUGUCAGGUUCACGAUAUUUGUUUCGAUGACGCCAUGCUACCCGAUGUGGGAUGCUCUGCGAACGACAUCUACUGGGCUAACUAUCUCUACGGAAAGCGCGACAAUCCGGACGGGAAGUGCUCCGUCCAGUGCGUGCCGGAGGCUGACUACCCUGCGUCCAACCAGAACGCCAAAUGCAAAGCUUUCCUGUGCGAGUGCGACCGUGUGGUGGCGGAGUGCGUAGCUCGUCACCGUAGCUCUUUUAGUGCCGGUUACGUCUUCCACUCCUGGAAAUGGGGCUCCUGCAGUAAUUAAGGGCGUACCCAUAACAAAUACUGGCUACACGCGCAAAGGAUUUUGGCCCCACGACACUGAUCUUUAUGAUAACAAGUAAAACGUUUAUUAGACCUAUAGGUCCCUAUAAGUAGUUUUUUCUUUACAGAGGUUGCAUUCGGGGAAGAACAUUCACUGCAUUUGCAAAUGUAUAACGACUGAUUAACAAAGUGUCAUUCAAAAACUUGAGGCGUUUUUAAAGACUUUUUCUUUCAUUUGUUUUUUACUUCCUAGUUUUUUGUUUAAGGGAUAGCUGCGGGGUAGCGGGUAUGGUUUUUUUUAGGUUAAAGUGAUAAUAUUGGCUGGAAUGUUUUAUGAUUUGUUUUUAUUUGCCUGUGUUGUUCGUUGUUAAAUGAAGUAGCUAGGUUUUUUACAACCCGAACUUUUGGGACUGCGCUCGGCAUCCAUCCCACCUCUGAUCUCGGUGAAGCAGUAGACCUGACAACGUUUUACAGAUUCUGAAAAUUCCUUUUCCCCCAACAUAUCAUAAGGGUUAAGUAAUGUCGGAGGAGUUCCUGUUAAUCAUCGUCAGUAAUAAUUCACAACCGUAUCUUUUAAACUUUUAUGGAAAUACCAAUGUAACUAGUUUUUCCCUGCUUUUUUAAUCACUGAAGAGUUCAGAUCUUUUAAAAUGACUCUAUGAAAGAGGUUUUUUUUUCUGAAAGGGCAGCAGUGGUAGUUUGGUGGCGGUAUUUUUUUAUUUUUGUUUACACAAUCGCAUUAUUAUGGUGGUUUGAAUGUAUUUUCCUUAACUUUUGCUGUGUUAAUGUCUAAUUAAAGUUUAACCUGCAAGCAGACAUA